AUGUCAAUAUGGAUGCCUCGAAAGGCGGGGAGCCUGCGCCCCACGAUCAUGUCGUUGGCCAGUUUGAGCAGGCCCGGGUACCGGUUCAAAUUACCAUCCCAGCAAAACCUUUUUCUUUAUGAAUCUCUGAACUACUCGAUGUCAGCUCGUCGUCUUGCUAGUACAUCCGCCGAAAACAGGGGUGAUACAAAACCAAAUACCGAGCUCCCAAUACCAGGCAAGGCUGGGAAAUCUGGAGAAAAGAGCUCCACACUUUUCUCGCCUACACCAAGCAAACCAACUCCAAAUACUACUAUCUCAUCACCAGCAAAAUCCAGCGACAGCGCCAGUAUUUCGACAAGCGAUACCAAGCCCAUUGCUCCUGUUGAUGACAAGAAUGCGAUAAAGCUGAAGGAUGAGACUAAACCCCAAGGACGGCUCGCCAAAGCAUGGGUAUGGAUCAAGCACGAAGCAAAUCACUAUUGGGAUGGAUCUAAGCUUCUGGCAGCAGAGGUCCGUGUUAGCUCGAAGCUACUUCGUAAGGUCCUAAAUGGCGCACGUCUAACUCGCCGUGAGCGACGUCAACUCACUCGUACUACAAAUGACCUUCUCCGCUUGAUUCCAUUUGCGGUAUUCGUACUUGUUCCAUUUAUGGAGCUUUUGUUGCCUGUCGCUCUCAAAUUAUUCCCAAAUAUGUUACCGAGUACAUUCGAAGACAAGUUCGCUGCACAAGAAAAGCAAAGGAAACUGCUCAAAGUUAGGCUUGAAAUGGCUAAAUUUCUACAAGAUACCCUUCGAGAGUCUCCCUUGAAGUCCGGCUCAAGCAUUCUAUCGACGGAUGAAUUUAAAAACUUCUUCUUGAAGGUUCGCUCAACAGGCGAGUCCCCAUCUGCGGAGGAAGUUGUCAAAGUAGCCAAACUAUUUGACACUGACCUUACCCUGGACAACUUGUCUCGCCCACAGUUGGUUAGCAUAUGCAGAUACAUGGGACUAAAUGCGUUUGGUACCGACAAUUUCCUGCGUUACCAAAUCAGAUCUCGCCUCGUUGAUAUCCGAAGAGACGACGAAGUUAUCCUCAACGAAGGAGUUGAUUCACUUUCAACCAAAGAACUCCAACACGCUUGCCAAUCCCGUGGGCUUCGUACAAUCGGUGUUUCACCAUCACGAUUACGCGAGGAAAUGAGCGAGUGGAUUGACUUGCACUUGACGAACCGUGUCAGCGGUGUAUUGUUGAUUCUCAGUCGUGCCUUUACCUGGGAUCGGGACGGUGAUGUCGCCGUUUUGAAGGGACUUGAGAGUGUGAUGAGCAGUUUGCCAGAUACCUUGCUCAGCGAAGCCGAACUUGAAGUCGAUAGCGAAAAGGCCAGUUAUAAACAGAAACUCGAGGUCUUGCAACAACAGGAAGAGCUUAUUGACGAUGAGGCCGAGCAAGAGGCCAAAGAGGAGGACGCUCGUCGCCAACGCAGGGCAGCCGAAGAGAGAGCCAAACGCGAAGAAGAGGCUCUCGUGGCACAGUCGCUACUUCCCGAAUCCGAGCUGCAAACACCUGCCGAGGAAGACGAUGCUCGCAUGACCACCGAACAGCUCACUGAACUCGGCGAGGCAUUGAGUAUUUUAUCGGCCAAGAGCUCGGUGAUCAAAGAACGUGACGAACUCCGAGCUUUGAUGGAAGAGAAUCAACGUGCCGAAGAGGAGAAUGCGGUUCAAAACGCCGAGGGUGAACCAACGCCAGCCCCAUCCAACCCCCUUGUCAAAAAGAUUCGCGCAAUGCUCACCAAGAUCGAUCAACAACUCGAGGCAUACGAUGCCAAGGUUGGCUCUUCUUUGCAAAUGAUUACCUGUGAUUCACAAGGCAAGAUCCCUGUGCACGACCUCGAAAGGGCACUGCGUGUGAUCAAGCACGCUCCUGGCGAGGAUGAAAUCGAGGGCCUCGUGCGAAAGUUGGAUGUAGACCACGAUGGGUACGUUGUGCUUGAACACGUUCUGGGCCUCGUUCGAGAGGAAGGGCUUGGUAUUGUUCUCGAUGACGAAGCGAAAAAUAUUGUCGGUCAAGGGAGAGAGAUCAUAGACUCAAAUUUGAAGCCAAAGAAAGAAGAUAUUGUUCAGGAAUGA